AGUGUGGAGUCGAGGGGACCAUUGUGCGUCAUGCAGGCAGCUGCCUCCGAGCUUCGCCCCACGUCACGACGUUCAGUUCAGUUUCCACCUGUCAACGAUCCCGAACCAGCUUCAACCUUCCACAUCUUGAAUCCAGUUGCUGCAGCUUUGUCCCUUUUCAAGCACAACUAAUCGUCUCGAUAUACCAUCCACAACCAAACAGCGAGCGAAACGAUUUCGACAGUUAGUUGAGCCCUACUUGUAGCUGUCUAGUCAUGUACUCCAGCUUCGGAGGCGGUCCUGGGAUGGACCCAGCGGACUUUCUAAACAUGCGCGCCGGCCGCCGACCGAUCGUCCAGCGGUUCGAUGAAUACUAUCGAUGCUACCCCAUCAUCAUGGCGCCCGGCAACGCUCGACCGGAAUUGAACUACGGAUCGAAGAUCAUCCUACCUCCCUCAGCCCUCGACAAAGUGUCCAAGCUCCAUGUGCAGUGGCCACUAUUGAUGGAGCUUAUCAACGGAGCCGGACCGAAACAGACGCAUGGUGGCGUGCUGGAGUUCAUCGCAGAGGAGGGCAGGGCAUACAUCCCACAAUGGAUGAUGGAAACGCUAGGUAUGGACGUUGGUGACAUGAUCCAGAUACGGACAACAUCGUUGGAGCUUGCCAAGAUGGUGAAGCUGCAACCCCAAUCUACGAACUUCCUCGAUAUCAGCGACCCAAAGGCAGUGCUGGAGCGAGCAUUUCGAAAUUUUGCGACACUCACAAAAGGCGAUGUCUUCAACUUUGAAUACAACGACACAGUGUAUGACGUGGCGGUGUUGGACGUCAAGCCCGAAACCGACAGGAUGGGCGUAUGCAUGAUUGAGACAGACGUAUCAGUCGAGUUUGCACCACCAGUGGGCUAUGUCGAACCCGAGCGCCAGAGUGGGACGAGCACGCCUCGAAGCGGACGGCCAGGAGUCCCUGCUGGUGGCGUGCUUCACAGCCAAGGUACCAUGGCACAGGCCAUUAACUACAGCGCUAUCGCGCCCUCCGUGACGAGCACUCCGACCAACUUUCUCGGCGAAGGACAAAAGCUUGCCAAGAAGGGCAGUAAAACCGUCACUCCCAAGCCUGCAACGCCGGUCCCAGCUGAUGCGGCCGUCCCACCAACACGCCGCGACGGAGCUCCUGCCCCUCUUCGAUUGGCACCGAACAAGUUAUUCUUUGGAUACGACAUCAAGCCGGUGAAGACAAAGGAAGAAAAAGAAGAGGAAGCGAAGAACACGAGCAAACCACACUUUGCUGGUCAGGGGCAGUCACUACGUGGCGCUGUCAAGCGUAAGGGCGAGGGCGAUGACAAGGGCAAAGCCCCUGAGAAGAAGGGAUCUGGUGAUGGAAGCCGCCUUGACCGCCGUCCGCGAUAAGGUAUCGCGUCUGAUUUGGGUUGGCGUUUGGGGUCCAGGGCGGCAUAGCAAUGGCUUUAUCUGGGACACACUGUUCACCUAUUUAGCGGGCAGAAUCAUACUCGACGGUGCAAAUUAUCACAAAGUCCGACUCUGCGGUAUCGGUUCUCGCGGAUCUGGUGGUCAUAGACGCUCAAUAGGAGUACGAAGUAAUCACUUUCAGGAAGUCAAGUCUGUGUGCACCAACCGAGCUUCCAAUACCGAAAAUCGCAAAUGCACAA